GACGUUUCUUUCUUACUAAAAUCUGUGUCCAACAUGGCUCGAGGUCCCAAGAAGCAUUUGAAGCGUUUAAACGCUCCGAAAGCAUGGAUGUUGGACAAAUUAGGAGGUGUGUAUGCACCACGGCCGUCUACCGGUCCUCACAAGCUGCGAGAGUGUUUGCCGCUAGUGAUUUUUUUGAGAAACCGGCUCAAGUAUGCGCUCACCGGUAACGAAGUGCUCAAGAUCGUGAAGCAGCGUCUUAUCAAAGUCGAUGGGAAAGUCAGGACAGACCCCACAUAUCCAGCUGGUUUUAUGGAUGUUGUAUCUAUUGAAAAGACCAAUGAAUUGUUCCGGCUCAUAUAUGAUGUCAAAGGGAGGUUUACAAUUCAUCGUAUUACUCCUGAGGAAGCUAAAUACAAGCUGUGCAAGGUGAAGCGCGUGGCGACGGGGCCCAAGAACGUGCCGUACCUGGUGACGCACGACGGCCGCACCGUGCGCUACCCGGACCCGCUCAUCAAGGUCAACGACUCCAUACAGCUCGAUAUCGCCACCACCAAGAUCAUGGACUUCAUCAAGUUCGAGUCAGGCAACCUGUGCAUGAUCACUGGCGGGCGUAACUUGGGGCGCGUGGGCACGAUCGUGUCCCGCGAGCGGCACCCCGGCUCCUUCGACAUCGUGCACAUCCGCGACACCACCGGACACACCUUCGCCACCAGAUUGAACAACGUGUUCAUAAUCGGCAAGGGCACGAAGGCGUACAUCUCGCUGCCGCGCGGCAAGGGCGUGCGCCUCACCAUCGCGGAGGAGCGCGACAAGCGCAUCGCCGCCAAGGUCCAGGGCCAGUAGGAUAAGACGCUAAUAAAAUGUUAAAACCCAA